AGAACGUUGCGCGGUGUUUUCAGCUCUCGUUCGGCCCGACUGUAUCAGGGUCAGUAUCUGACCAAGUUCUGCUUUUACGUAGAUCCCCGGUUGUUAAAGGCUACACUCUUUACAACCAAACCCUGGUAUCUGUUCGACAACAUCAUUAUUUAGGUGUUUUGCUGUCUAGUGAUCUGCGGUGGAACACUCAUGUGGACAAGAUUGCUAAAAAGGGGAACUCUUCACUUGCGUUUGUGAAAAGGAACUUGUAUGCCUGCUCUGAAGAAACUAAACGUGCAGCUUAUGUAUCACUUGUCAGGCCACAUUUAGAGUAUGCGUCUGCAGUAUGGGAUCCUUAUAGACAGAAUCAAGUGGAGAAACUAGAAGCUAUCCAAAGUCGCGCAGUGACGCCAUGGUUACUUUUAAGUUGAACACAACCUCAAGUGGGACGCUGUAUUUUUUUCUCGAUGAGAAAUGGCCAUUGGUGGAGCAAACAUCACAGUGUCAGAACAAGCUCGAUAUGGCCCAGUAUUCAUUUGCACUUGAAACUGCAUCAGGUGAAAAUAAGUUUUCUGCAUGGGAUGAGCCAAAGGUGUGGCAUGUUCUGUUUGCGGAUUCUGUGACAUGUGACCCCAGUGUGCCAGCUCUUGAUGAUGUUGCUUUCACAUUGGAAAUGCUCAACCCUGAUUCUGGAGGAAAACCAACAAAUCACUGUGGCUGUGAUGAGACAGGCAUACUUUCGUUCUAUGAGGUGCUGGCAUUUCUUUACUUUGCUGGAGCAAUAGCCUAUGGUCAGCGUCUGUGGCAGACCAUACAGAAAGGAGGACCCAUGCACUUGGUGAUCAAAAUGCUGUCAAUAGCCCUGAUCUACCAAGGCACAGGACAUUUUCUCACUCUCAUUCAUAUCUACAGAUAUUCAAAGGAUGGUGAAGGCUAUCCUCUUCUUGAUAAUCUCUCCACAGGUAAAAAUUGUGAGAGAAAGUUACUCUAAUUCUAGUGUACUUGUUUCACUUGAGUUGCUUUCAUUGCCAUUCCUAAGAAUAGAGAAACAUUAUGAGCAUUCCGCAAAGCAAAUAAGCUCAUAACCUUUUAACACCUA